GCAAAAACAGUCGGUACGCGACCAUCUUGUCAAAACUGAACUCGGUGACAACAAAUAAAUAUUGUAAAAUGUCCUAAAUCGCUUGUAAUAACAUAAAGUUUACUUUGUAUUUCAUAAAGUAAAGUGUUUAUUUUGCGUUAGUGUUGUUUUCGACACGCUUACUAUACAUUUUGCUCAAUAUUUUCGGGUUUGUGUUGCGUCAAAUGACGUCAUGUAUGUGAUUAUUAAACACGUAUCGCGGCUGACGAGUUCAUAGUGAACAAUGCAUGAGCAGGACGCCGAAGGUGAGCCAGCGCAUCACGCGCGUCGGCCCAUGAAUGCAUUUCUUAUAUUCUGCAAACGUCACCGAAGCGUCGUUCGUGACAAAUAUCCUAAUCUUGAAAAUAGAUCUAUAACAAAAAUAUUGGGAGAAUGGUGGGCUAACUUGGACAAAGAAGAGAAAGCUUGCUACACGGGUCUCGCUAAACAGUACAAAGACGCCUUCUUCAGUGCCAAUCCAGAUUUCAAAUGGUACAAGUUACCCGCACCGCCUCUCCGUACUCUUUCCUCCCGGCCAAGAGAAUCAAGCGACAAGCAAAACGAAUUUCCCAACAAUGAUUAUCAUGAAAAUGAACUCGAGAAAACAAAUAAUAAUUCUACAAAAGUUGAUUUAAACAAAAAAACCAACGAUCACGAAUACGCAGACAUUCACAAACCCUUGUCAAUGUUUACACCUGGUAAAUUAGCAGAUGAAGCCCAAAUGGGGGGCUUAAGUAGCCUCCUGGCCACUAAGACUGAAACCCAAACUUCAAAUCCUUAUUACUCGCCUCCCUGCCUUAAAUACAAUGCGAUCUCAACCCCCGAUGGAUACAGAUCUCAUAGCAUAUUAGAAAGAUCGAAAGUAAAGGGUCUUUCUAAAGAAGAUAGUAUACGUGAUCUUCAGAAUGCACUCACAGAAACCAGUAAAAUAUUCGAAGAAGAGUUCGAUGACGAUAAAGCGAGAAUAUAUCGUUGCAGUGGUAUUUCAAGCGAUCAGUUUACUAAUCAAGAUGUGAUAGACCAAAUAGUUGAUAAGAGAUAUUCUAAAGACGAAGAUGGAUAUUUAAGGAACUGGUCAGACGACGAGAAAAAUGCUAGAUCUGGUAGGUCGUGUAAAGGUAAAAGAUACCAAGAGUUUAUGGCUUUUGGGGGACUAAUGGUAAAUAAGAGACAGAAAAGGGAGAAUUCAGAUAAAAUGUCUGACGAAGACUACAGUGCGUCCUGUAGUUGGGAAACUGGUAAUUCACGCAGCGAAGAAUCGACCGUGACAGACGAUUCGAAACAAGAUAGUUCAGUGAACGAGACGUCCGCAGAAAACGAAGUCAAAAAUGAUAUAACAGGCGCGCCCGAACCAGACAAUAACAUUAACAAAACAUUCAAGGCUGCCGACUUCGAUUUAGACGCUAAAAUAAGAGCUUUACCCUCACUUAGCUUAGAGAAAUUUCAACAGAAAAAAAGAGAAAAUAAACGUAAAAAGAAAACUAUCAGUAUCAAGCCAAAAGUAUUCGAAACAGACCGAAUUAUCAACUCAGUUCCCAGACCACUGUUAGAUGAGAAACGAGAUAUCGAACGGGAAUAUUGGCGAGAACAGGUUGUCGGCAGUCAAAAGCGUAAACCAAGAAAAGUUAGUAUAACAAGACUCGAUUUUAACGCUAUGGUUUCUAAUGUAGAUGUGAGACAAGCUCAUAAAAUAAGUCCCGAAAUUAAAAUAGCCACUGAAGCGCCACCUACAGUCGUUCAAAGUAUGGAGAUAUGUAAACAACCUCCAAGUCAUGUAGAUUUGCUGGCGCUAGCUACGUUGGCCGAAGUGGCGGCCAACAAGUCCAAAAUUGAGGGUUCAUCAAUUACAGAGACCAUAACCGCCAAAGCGAGCGAAGAAAACGCUUCCAAGGUAUAAAAUACCUACAAAACUAGCCUUAAAAGAUAUUCCAAAAAUUAUUUACUUGAUAAUCAGAUAAUAUUUAUUAUAUAUAUUAUAGAUCUACUUUUACAUAGUAUGCAUAAAGAUUAAUAUUAUUGUACACAUAAUUAUAGGUUUUAUAACAUAGAAAUAGAUUUUAUUUAUACGGAAAUAGAGAUAUAUGUAUACUUAUUUUAGUUUGUCGAUGAUAGGCUGCUACAUUCUGCUUGAUAGUGUUAGAAAAAUAUACGUGAUAAAAUUUUAACAUCACAUAAAAAACAGCAAGGCAUAAUUUACUGUAUGUAUAAAAUACAAAGGAUAAUUUAACUACAUUUCGACUCAUAAUUUUCGUUUGUGAAGAUUCGUCAAAACAUUUAAACAGGCAUUAUUAUUAUUGGAACAUGUAUUAUAAGUAUUUCACAUCACAACAUGGCAUUGUAAUGAAAUGCCAAACAUGAGUCAUAAUUUAUGUAAAAUUGUUAACCUCAUUUUGUAUAAAGAUAGAUUACUUAUUUAAAUCGCCUUAAUAUUUAGAUUAUAUACAAAACCAAGACACCAUGUGCAGAGACUGCAUUGCAUUUUUAAGGUGAUUUGUUUUUGUUCGUGCAUUGCGUAAUAUUAUGCAAUUAUCGUAUACAUAUAUUUUAUAUUUAUAAGGGUGACUGGCGUCACAUAUUUUGUACCUUAAAUACCUAAGUGUUCACACAACAACACUCUUAAAAUAGUCCCUAAUUUACCAACUUGAAACCUAUAGUUAGUUUACUUUAAUGGCAGAAAAAAAGUGUUAUUGUGUGUAACUACGAAUUUAUAAUUGAUAAUCCAAAACGUUCGGCAGAUAUUUGGCAAUUUACGUGAAAUAAAAAUAUCGUAUAUAGCCGUUAGGUAGCAGAAGCCAUUGUAUAGAUAGACAAAUACUUGUGAAACUCGUAUUUUUUUGAGAAUUUGUGAUAAUCGCUCCAAGCUGGGAAAUUGUCAGUUUUAUAAUGUAACUAUUGUUUUUAUCGAUUGCUUAUCAUGUUCGUUAAUAUCGUUUAUAAAUGUUUUUAAAAAUUUUAACAAAAACAUUGGUUUAUAUUUUAUUUUGUUAAAUUGUUCACUAUUUAGAUUAUAAAAUAUUAUUCUUGUCCCUAUUAGGUACCUGAGGUUAAAUGAAUUUUGUCUUAAAUCCACGUACAAUAUUAAAAUCGAUAAUCGAUUCAAAAAAAUAAAAAAAAAUAAUCACUUUUUAAGUUACACCAUUUUUAAUGUAAUGUAUUAUUUUUUGGAACAGUGUUUCUCAAAUAAUGUUUUUAUUUAUUUGUGAUGGAUUUUAAAGAUUUCUGUGAUUUUAUUCUAUUUCCUAUUAUAAGGUUGAUAAUGUGAAGCUUUCGUUGCAGGUCUAGUCUAGAAUAAUAUAUAAAUAAAGUGAAACAAGUACUAAAUUCGAAAGUGCACUUAUAUUUUUUAAAAUCACAAAUGAUGACACAAGCCAUAAUGUGACAUGCUCAUCCAAAGACCAAAUGUAUUUAGAAUAGAGAAGCUAGGCUGUAGAUAUUGUAUAUGUAAUAUUUAAGAGUUAUAAGUAUGUAUAUUAUACAUAACAUCUGGCUAUUAUUGUCGCAUUCCAUACACUCGAAAUUGUAAAAAGUAAAACAAUUAUUAGUAUAGUUUUGUUGCUAUUUUGUUUUAAAACUUCUAUACAACAGAUUUUAAAUCAAAUUGUUUCUUUUUUAUAAAAGGUUUUAUGAAUUGUUAUUUUUUUUUAAUAGAUAUGGUGAGCUUCUGAUGGUUCCUAAAUCAAGAACUGAUGAGCUAUACGGGCCUUUGUAAUAUCACUGCAAAUAUUAGUAACCUUAUCGAAAAUAUUUUUUGCCUUGUUGAUAAAAAAGCCUUAUAUUAUUAUUCAAUUUAGAUUAAGAAAAUUAUAAAAUGGGGCCAGUAUGUGCGGAAAAGAUAGGAAAAUGUCAAACGAAUUGUAGGCGCAUAAAUGGGCCUUUAAAAAACGAGAGAAUGGAUUUUAUUAGGUUUACAUGGAAACCAACACAAUUCGAAUGUAUCAAAACUUGCUCUUUAACUGUUAAACCUGUAAAAUCUAUUUUCAACAAAUUAUGGUGCUGGAAGAUCUGUAUUGUUAUAAGAAUGUUUACCAUUGCUAAUGUUACUCCUUUCUUAGCAAUGGGCAGUAGUCAAUAUAAAAUAUCAUAAAAUAAAUAUUAAAUUUAAGCCAUCGAAAUCUUAUUGUGCUGUGAAAUUGUAUUUUUAGGAAUGGUUUGAUUUUAUAUAAUAACGAUACCUAGUAUUUUACAGCACAAAUAGAUAAAUCAUAAUUAUAUGGGUAGGAUGAAUUAUACGCCGUUUGAGAAACACUGGUCUAUUAGGGCAUAAUAAGUCGGCACCCAAAGUGUUUACCUAUUUGGUUCCAAAGUAUAUUGUUGAAUGUUUUAUUACAUACGAGCGCGGUUUAAAUCAAUAUCCUUUUAUUGUAGAAAUAAAGUUUAUUCAUAA